CUAGACUCUAGACGUCUAGACCAUCGUAGCACCUCCUUGAUCAAUUUUUUUCCAUAUAGUUGUUGAGAAAUGAACGGAGAAAUCCAAUUCCAAUAUAUUUAUCAUAUCAGCCAACACCCAGAUUCAAUGAAAAUUAUUGACACAAAGGUUGCCAGAUGAAGGAAUUUUUAUUAGAGAUAGAAUAUACAGUGAGGGAUCCACUAUUGAGAGAUAAUAAAAAAAUCAGCAUAUUUGGAUGGAUCCGCCUUCAAUUCAGUAGAUCAACAUCAAAAUCGAAUGGAUGCCAUUCUAGCACUGGGUCACUUUUGUGAAUCUCAUGGUCCUUGCGUAGUUCUUUGCACUCAGAAAUGUAAAGAAGAACCUCAACAAACACCCCACAACCUUACGGUUCCUUGGUGUGAAGCAUGCCAGUCUGUAGAUUUGGAUUUAGCAUUGGUUACCAAAAGUGAAACAAGUUGCUUUGUAACUACUCGAACUCCUCUACAACAGGAUUUGGCAUUUUUGCUUAAACAAGCCAUAGUUAGGAGCUUAAGUUGUGAGGAAGAGUCUAGUAAAGAAGGCGGUACCUUAUAUUUUGGAGAUAAUGAGAGAGGUCAUAUUAUAAGCCAUAGUUUCAGUUUGCAAGAUUCAUUGGCAAGGGGUUUUCACAGAAAGUACAGUAUUCUGAUGCUUAUGAAAGAUAAGAUACAUCUCUUGAAUUUAUGGCCCAGUGUUAUUCCUACGAUAAAGCAAAUAGCAUCAGAACUUCAAGAAAAAGCUGCCAAAGUCAAUGGAGUUGAACAGGCUCAAUAUUCUCAAAGAGCAGUGAGGCAGGCACAAGGCUCACCUGGUCAUCAGUCUAGGUCUUUACCUCAGUUAACUGGUGAACCUGCAGUUUUUGCUCAUCUGCACAUGUGGUUCACAUGGAUAUUGAGUUGUAACAGAUUUGUAGAAAAAGUUGCCAAUGUUCCGAAAAUUCCAAUCAAAUGUGUUCCCAAAAACUUGAGAAAUUUAUUGAAGGAGAUGACAGAGCAUGUGUUUAGAGUUACCUGUUAUUGUGUGUUGACUGGAAUGUGGCUCCAAUGUGAAGAUGAAAGUGUUUUAGAUAUUUUUAAACAAUUGAUUCCCACCAAUUUUAAGAUACCAAGUACUGGCCCACCUGUCAAAUUAGUGAAGCAAGAAACUUGGAAAAUUGAGUGGACGGGAAUUUUGCCUAACAGAUUGCCAACUUUACAAAUUCUUAUUGAGGAAGCUUUAAAAAAUGACAGUAUAACAGAUGAGGUAUUGGAAUCCCAUCUGACUAGUCUUAUUCUUAAUUGGUUGAAUAUCGCCAAAUCUUUGAGUUGGACCUCAAAUCCCGAUAAUAAUCUUUUACAAGCCCUCGGAAUAAGCAGACAUGACUUACCAUUAUUGGCAUACUGGACUUCGAAUUGUCGAUAGUUAGGAAAUUUUGGGCUUCCAAAAAAUGAAACUUGGAAUGAGUAUGCUUAUUGCCACUCCAGCAAAAUAUAAUUUUUCUAUACAACUUAAUUGAUUAUGAGUAAAACUCGCAAGAAAAAACAAGAAAGAAACAAGAAUAAUUGAAAAUCACCAAGAAGAUAGCAUUAUGCGAAAGAUAUUUGAGAAUCAUGCAUUACUUCUGUUAGAGGUUGAAGAACCAUUUAGAUAUAAUAACUAUGAAUUUUCAGAAAGUUAACCAUAUUUUAUAUAAUAUGUAUAAUAUAUCAAAAAUUUAUGACUUUUUGUACAAUUAUUAAGGAAAUGUUUGUUUAUGAAGUAUGUUAUAAAAUUUAAACUCCACUGUUAUAAAAUAUAUUGUUAAUAAAUAUAAAAUUAUUUUACAUAACAAAAAACUUCUAUCUA